ACGUUCAGUUCGUUGCAGCCGUCGAUUCAAAAUAUGACGCCUUUAACAUCUUUGAUCACCUGUUUUUUGGUGGCCAUUGUGGUGCCGGUUGCACCACAAGGUUUGGACUUUACACUUUACAUUUGCACCAGUCUUGGAAAUUGUCAGCCCGAACAAACAAAAUUAUUAGCAGACUACUACUAUGUCUGCGAAGAUCAAGUGACAUGUAACGAGACGGUUCCCUUAGAAAGUUAUGAAAAAGAACUUCAUGUUACCAUUACGAAUGGUGAUGAAAUGACAUUCGCGCACUAUCAAAGGGGCGGCUCCAGACUCCUAAUGGCGAGUGGAGACCAGUAUAAAUUGUUUUAUCCUCUGAAUCGGGAGUUCACCUUUGACGUGGAUAUGUCGACAGUCGGUUGUGGUAGGAACGCAGCCUUAGUUUUUGCUGGUAUGCCAGCGGACGGAGGUCAUGCGGAAUUCGGAUACGCUGGAGCUAUGUACGGAACUGGUGUUUGUGCUGGGCAGGACGAUCCUCCAAAUUGCCUUGAAAUGGACAUUAUAGAAGCAAAUAGUCUGGCCACCAUGUUUACGGCUCAUCCGUGUAACGCCACUGCCGGAAAAUGUAGUGGUUAUGGAUGCGGACUCAAUCCUUAUCCGCUGGGACACAAAGACUUUUACGGUCGUGGGUCAAAUUACACAAUAGACACAACUAAACCAUUUACAAUCAUCACUAGAUUCAUUACAACCGACGGAACGGACGCCGGUGAUCUGAAGGAAGUCCAACAGCUUUACUUUCAAAACGGCCAAAUGAUUUUUACACCUGAGGUUGAGGGAGGUUUUUCAAGCCUUUCGGAUGAAUUUUGUGAUUAUCAUUACAUACCAACAUUACCACCAGGAUACGAAGACUAUUUCCACGGAAUCACUGAUGGAGUGACUCCUGGCAUGAAGAAAGGAGUGGUGUUAAUUUUUAGCCUUUGGGGGGAUACAGAUGAUACUUAUAUGUGGUGGCUUGACCAAGAACCCUAUGGACCUUGCCCUGUUGAACCAAAUAAUCCCAAUUCUACCGUAACUUACUCGAACGUUAGGUUUGGCCCAAUUGGUUCCACUGCCUAAUGAACUUCAAAUGAUUUAAAUGAAAACGAAAGAAACUGCUGUACCCAACUGGACAAACUAUGGCUAUCUUCCUUGGAAAUAUACUUUAAUCAUGCAAG